AUGUUCUUAGUUAUUAUCCCUAUCACAAUUAUCACAUCAGCGUACAAGCUUUUUGGACAAGAGUAUAUCAGUGAUGAUCAGUAUCUAUCUAUUGUUGCCAGUAUAACAGCACUUUUUAAUGCUGGUGGUAGGAUUAUGUGGGGUGCUAUAGUAGAUCGCAUUUCGUUCAAGUUACCAUUGUGCAUUGUGUUAAUACUAUGGGCUAUAAUACUUUUCACAUUUCCACAUAUUGGAGGAAUACCAAUGCCGGGUCUUAAAGCUGCAUACGCAAUUUGGGUGUGGGCACUAUUUUUGGUACUGAGUGGAGUGUUUGUUAUUAUGCCGGGUGGUACAGGAAAUAUAUUUGGUCCUACUUACUUUGCCAUAAACUACGGCAUUGUGUUUACUGGAUUCACUGUCGGAAGUAUACUAUGUUCUGUUAUCUCAAUGUUUAUACAUGCACCUAAUCCUUACCUAGUACAGUUCAGUGGCUGCGGAGGUGUAUGCUUACUCGCAUUCUUGUUUGCGAUUUGGAUUGAAGACAAGAAGAUUGUCCCAAAAGUUGACUGUAUACCUUGUGUAAGAACGUGUCCAAGUUUGAGAGUUCGCAAAAAUAGUGAAAAUCAGGAGGAUAAUGCAUAA